AUGAGUGUGCGUGAGUUUCUGCCAAUACUGAGGACGCCUGUGUCCGGCGUGAGCGUUACCACGGUGAUGGAGAACACGGCAGUCAUGCUGAACUGUUCCUUUUACGGCACGCUGCGCGGAGCGAUCAGAUGGCACGGCCCACAAGAGACCCUGCUGUCACAGAUCAAUGCCACACAGUUUGAUACUCAGGUUGGAGAUUCGCUGGCGAUGUCCACGCUCAGUUGGGGUCAGGCCAGCGUGCACAUGGAGGGUGCCUAUCGUUGUACUUCUGCGAACAGUCGCGGGACGGUCACAGCUAUUCAAUACUUGAACGUCCAACUGGAUACAAGCCACAGAGAUGCGGACAGUUCCUCUUCUAGUUUUCUCAGUAGCGAUCUUGCCCUGGCGUUAGGUGUGGCAGCGGGCGGUCUUAUUCUCGUCUUGAUGCUGGCAUUCGUAUACGCAGUACAUCACUAUCGUGAGAAGCUGAGAGAACUGCAGGAUGGCAAUGGUGUGGUCGCUGACGGACACGGUAUGGGUGGAGUGGGGCGCAGCCGUUCCCAAGGUGCAACCGUGACGCGGACACUAAGCACGAUGACAUCAUCCAGACAGGUGAUGCCGCUGCUGACAUCAUCAGACAAGAGCACCGGUAUUGGCGGAGGGGUUGUCGUCGAAGACCAUUGCCACACCAACAGAGUGGCCUGCGGCACCAUGGAGGACCGGUGCCUCCCCAACACGAGCACGUUCAACCGUACGUUGUCGCUAUCGUCGGAACCCACGCGUCGAAUCAGCGGUCUCCCGCUGCUCGAGCACCAGGACGUCGAGAUGUCGCUGUCCGCGCAGACCUUCACCAGCCACAGCGACUCCAACAGCCGACAGGAGCUGAUGAACGGCGCGGACAACGGCGCCGAUUCGUUUCCGCACCAGACCGUCGUCAAGCCGGUGGACAUGAAGCACCUGAAGGAGAAGCUGGACGCGUGUGUCGGCAACAUGAAAGGAAAGCUCACCGACGCCGUGGUCGAGCCGAGAGCCGAUGUUCAGAGCGCAUCAGCCGCCGUCAAGAACGCCCAUGGCGUGCCGUUGACGUCGACGUUUAGCCUGGGUCUGGAUCAGUAUAGUGUGCGUGGUGGCGGCGCUGCUAAGAGUCCCACCAGGGGAAAGAGGAGAAGUACGAACUCCGCCUGCAAUGCCGUCACGGUGUCCGGCGGCAAGGUGGGAGCGGAGGCGAGUAUGUCGCUGGCCACCUCCAGUCUCUCGUCAUCGCCGCCGCGCCGCGACUUUGGCCUCGACAUGCACAUUUAAAUCUGGUGUGCGUGUGUGUGUGCACGUGCAUGUGCGUGUGUGUGCAUGCGUAUGCUUGCUCCGCCGCCUGCGGUCUUCGGCGGGUCCUGAUGUAGAAUGGCCGAUCGUGAGCACGAGCGUGUGUGCAUGCGUAUACGUGUGUGCACAUGCGUGCGUGUGUGCAUGCGGGUCCUGAUGUUAUCCCGACAGCUGACCGUGAGCACGCGGUCAUGUCAUCAUGUGUGUGUGUGUGUGUGUACAUCGUGUACCGUAGUUCACAAGACCUAUAUGAUGCACCGAUGUCCACUUGUCACACUGAAGCGGUCACUGAUACGCUGCCGGCAUCCGAUGGCUUAUCGGCAUUGUCUGUUUCCAGUUGCGGGUUCGUAGUCACAUCGUCCGUGAUCAUCUGAGUGCAGCAGCUUUGCAAGUGCGGUUGCCGGAUAUUUGGAUUGAAGUUGAUGUGCCACACACCGGUGGUGUGCAGCCAGCAAACACCAUUCAUGUGCUGCAGACUGGCUGUGUUUGACAUACAUUGGCACCAGAGUGUGCAGCACGCGCAUGUUUG